AUGCGCCUCUCCCAUCCGCCCUCACGUCUCUCCCCGCCGCCCGGAUCGAGCAUGCACGAGCUCGUGGCCGCCAGUUCCGCAGCCGCGCACUCGCUGAGAGAGGAGAUGGACGGCGACGACAGCUAUGUCUCGGAGGGCGUCCACGGCAAUGGCGCUGGCGGGACCGCAGGGAAACGCAAGGAGGACGAUCGAGUGCCGAAGCGAGGCUACCGUGCUUGUGUCCACUGCCGCCUGCGUAAAGCCAAGUGCGACCUCGGCGACGUCAACGCCCCCUCUGAACCACCGUGCACGCGGUGUCGGCGCGAACAGCGGAACUGCGUGUUCCUCCCAAGUAAACGCCGCAGAAAGGCGCUCAACGACGACGACGUCAAGCCCGAGGUCUACCCGGCCACUGGCGGUGGAGGGCCAGCGCCGAGUGCUCCCUUGGCAGCGUUUGGUGGGCUGAUGCAGCACGGCCGGCCGCAGAUGCCGGGGCAGGUGGACGACGAGCUCGCCUUCCAGCGACCCCGCAGCGGGUACAACGGCGUUGGGACUGCCCGUCCACCGCAGUGGGGCGACGCACCAAGCAUGGGCAUGCACGCUGCCGAACCCAAGCUGUCCCCGCUCUUCGACCCGCCCUCGGCGCUCACGUCGUCGUCAAGCGGGCUGUCGGGCUCGACCAAUUCCCCACACCACAUCCGCCGCAGGCGGCACCACGGCGAGCCGGACGCGACGCGCCGCAUUGUCGUGGCGAGCUUUAGCAACGAGACGGACGCGCUGGAAAUUCUCGCCAAGGCAGCCACAGACGCGGACGGCGACGGCGAGCCCGGUGCAGACGCCGUGCGCGGCGACGAGGCGCCGCGGGAGAAGAGCAAGCGCGUCGCGUUUGCCGUGGGCGAGCAGCAGAGUCUGGCGGAUUUCAUCCUCGUCAAGCGCGGCGUGCUGGACGAGUCACGGCUGGGAUUGCUCGUGAAUGUGUUCUUUACACACCACCACCCUGUCCUUCCCGUCGUCCAAACUGCGCGGAUACCCCACAGCAAGGCGCAGCUGGCGUCGUUUGCGCACAACGACCCGUUCCUGCUAUGUGCCAUUGUCUGCGUCGCGUCCCGCCACCACCCGGACCCGGGGAUGAAGGACGUGCACGACAAGACGUACGCGCUCGUCCGCGAGACGCUGACAGACUAUGCGGCCGCGGGCCUGCAACCGAGCGUCGGGUUCGUCGAGGGUGUGCUCAUUCUCGCUGAGAACCUGCCACGGGACUCUCUCAGCGGAGCAGCUGCGGACAUGACGGGACCCACGACCGAGGGCCGCGGCCUGCACGGUGUCGAGAACCGGCGGUCGUGGGCGCUGACGGGCACGGCCAUCCGCGCAGCGUACGGUAUUGGACUGGACCAGAUGGCGCUCGAGGAUGACCCGGGCCCGCACCCCAAUGCCGACAUUGAGCGCGCUCGCGGCGUCUGGACGUGGUGCUACCUCUUUGACCGCACGCUCGGCCUGCGUACAGGUCUGGCGUUCUGGAGUCGUGGGCCAGCACUGUGUUUCCAGGGCGUCUCGGAUAUCUCACAAACGGGCGAGGCUGCCGCACGGCUCAACUUCCCAUACAUGAUGCAGCAGGCCGACACGCCAUCGACCAACGCGCCGUCACCGGCGGGGCCGAUCGACACAAACGACUCGGCAGCCAUGAUGCAGGCGCACAUGGAGCUCACGCAGAUCAUGACCAACGCGCAUGACAUUUUGUUUUCGACACCCGCGCGUACCUCGCAGCUGGUGCGCAAGGGCGAGUACUUCAAGUUUCUCGACCACUUCCGGCGCGCGCUGGAAUCGUUCCAGUGCGCAUGGGCAGACAAGGUGUGGCACCUCGACAGCGUGCGCGAGCUCACGUGGUGCACGUACCACUUUGUCCGGCUGUACGUGUCGUCGUUUGCGUUCCAGGCGCACGUCCAGCGCGCGUCGGAGCGUGCAGAGCACGAGCGCGACCUGGGCCGGACGGGGCUCACGACCAUCUUCCCCCGCGGGUCGGCGACGUCGCCCGACGCGCUGUUCAUCUACGAGUCCAUCGAGGCCAGCCACGACAUUCUCAACAUUUGCCUGCGGCUGGGCCACGCGGGUGUCCUGCGGUACCUGCCCUCGCGGUACCUCAUCAAUUUCGCCUACUCGGGCACGUUUGCGCUCAAGGCCGCAUACUCUGGCGCCGUGGGCAAGGCCGACACGACCAAGACGGCCGACCUCGUCGAACGCGUGUGCGCCGCCCUCCUCCUCGCGUGUCCCGACAAGGACCACGCCGCGUACCGGUACGGCACGAUGCUGCGACUGCUCACGCGCCGCCUCACCGAGCUCAGCGACCAGAGUGCCGUCCCCUCGCGCUUCCAGUCGCCGGAACCAAGCCACACGCCAGAGGUACGCGACCCGCUGCCCAUGAACCUCGCGGCGGGGCUCGGCGUCAUGGCCGGCGGCGCGGGUAACCUGGGCAUGGACCUGGCUGGGGCCGGCGCCGGCGCCGGCAUGUCGGGCCUCACGGGCGACGGCACGCUGUUUGAUCUCUCGCAGGUGCCCCAUAACCUCUUUGAUGGCGCAGACGUCAACCUCGGCUUCAACCUCGAGGGCUUCUGGGACGACUUUACGCUCACGGACAAUGGCGGGUUCCCGUUCCGCUAG